AUGUAUCCGGUUUUUGCGCAGUACACGCCUCCUUAUCGAUGCGAAUCGGUGUUCGACAAUAAUGAUGAUUUCAGCUGGCUGACGUGGAAGCAGAUUGAGAACCUGACUACUACUGACACGCCAUACUGUAGCGGUUUUGAUUCUAGCGACCUUUCUUCUGGCUGCGGUCAUUGCGUUUUCGACCCAAUUUCCAUCGAUUCUUGCGACCAUCAACAAAGCUUCGAAGCCCUCAAAACCUGUCUCGGAAAACCCGCUCAAGAAAUCGCCAACUGGACAAAUUGCAACGACCAAUUCAACUUUGACUGUUCUCUUCGAAAUAGAACAAAUUUGUUGUUUGACGCGGGCGAACCGUGGGAAACCGCCGUUACUCAGUUCAAGCUCAUCUGCGGCGACGAGUGGUUUGACUCGCUUUCAACUGCUCUUGGAUUACUGUCGCUCAUGAUUGGCGCGUAUAUUGCCGGAAUUUAUGUGGAUAGAUUUGGGAGAAAAAAUGCGAUCAUGGUUUGGAACGUGAUCACUGGCAUUUGCUUGACGAUCCAUGCGUUUAUGCCGAACCAAUACGGUUUUCUUGCGAUGCGAGUGCUUGGAAAUGGGCUUGGUCACGUGUCCUAUCUUUCUCAAAAAGCUUAUUCGAUGGAACUUCUUGGUCCUUCCCGCCGAGCUAUUUCUGGAGCUCUCGCUAGUGGGUACUAUUCGAUCGGAUACAUCAGUUCUGGUCUCGUUGCUUUCUUUCUUCCUGAUUGGAGAGGUUUUACUCUGGCAUACGCUGGCAUUGCUUUUGCCACUUUACUGACUCAUCCCUUCUAUCCAGAGUCCCCGCUGUUUCUCUAUUCUAGAGGGAGGAAAGAAGAAGCCAGGAAGGUCUACAAAGAAAUGGGAAAAAAGACCAACACGGAGAUUUCUGAUGAUUUGCUCGAAAAAGUCGAGCGGGAUAUUUUGAAGAGAAAUGACGAUAAAGAGGCGGAAGAAGUAAAUGCCGAGCAAUAUACGAUUUUGGACCUGUUUCGGCAUCGAGAUUUGGCGCUUGUUUCAUUAAACGUGGGUUUUGCUUUUUUGGUCAAUACUCUUGUCUACUACGGGCUAUCUUUCAACGUCGCUUCGUUUGCUGGAAGCAUUUAUGUGAACAAUACGAUCAAUGGUGUUGUGGAGCUUCUGGGGUACGUUCUAGUGGCCUUAUCGCUGGACAAGUUUGGGAGAAGAUGGAUAAACGGAGGUUUCAUGAUCUUCGGCGGCGUGGCUUGUUUAAUCUGCAUGGCGCUAGAAGAAGCAGCAAGAAAGGCAGACGAUCCGGCAACUCUUCUUGAGGCGCAGAGAUGGAUGGCCUUCGCGGGCAAAUUUUUCAUCUCAGGCUCCUUUGGUGCGAUUUAUGUCUAUGGAGCUGAACUGUUCCCAACUCCACUAAGAAGUACUGGAAUCGGAUUUGGUUCGAUGUUUGGUCGAAUAGGUGGAUUUCUAGCGCCGUUUAUUAUUCAGAUCAAGAAAGUGUAUAUUUUCUACCUCAUAUUUGGUGCUUUUGGUGUUAUUGGAGGACUUCUUGUUUUUCUUUUGCCAGAGACAGCUGGACAACCGAUUUGCCAAACGCUUGAUGAAGCACUAGAAUUCUACGCUAGGAAUAAGAAAUCACGAAAAUCUGUCAACGUGGAGGAAAACAAAUCUGAUGAAGAGAAUGAUUCUUCGACUUAUUUUUAG